AUGGCAGAGAUCGUGCAGAUGUUUUUGUUCCUAUAUAAGUCCAAGUACCGUCGGAAACGUCGUCGCGACAGCGACGGCGACGGCGGCGCGUGGCUCGAUCGCGGCUGCGGUGAGCAGGAUCGCGAUCAGCGGUGGCGGUGUCGGUGCGGCCAUGGUAGCGGCGGCGGCGGUAGCGCGACCGCGACGGUACCGUGGGCGCCGUUUCUACUGUGGGCGGCGCUCGUCUGCUGGGUGGUCCACGUAAGCGCCGCCGCCUCCACCUCCUCGUCGUCGCCGACGGUGGACGCGGGCUGCGACCCCGACACCUGUGUCAACGGCAAGUGCACCAAUAACACCUGCGUGUGCCACGAGGGCUGGCAGGGCGCACACUGUCAAUUCUGCGGUGGGAAGGUCAGUUUAUCGGACACGAUUGGGAGCAUCCACGAUGGCUUCGGCAACUACACGGCGGACGUGAGGUGCUCCUGGCUGAUCGAGAGCAACAGCUCGAACACGAAGAUACGGAUGCACGUGGAGCAAUUCGCGACGGAAUGCGGCUGGGACCAUUUGUACAUCUACGACGGUGAUAGCGUCGAGGCGCCGCUGCUGGCCGUCUUCUCCGGCCUGAUGCACAAGGACAACUAUCACAUACGCCGCGUGCCGGAAGUAAUAGCGCGAUCCGGUAGCGCGUUGCUGCACUUUUAUUCCGACGUCGCGUACAACAUGAGUGGCUUCAACAUUACGUAUAAAAUCAACGCUUGCCCGAGCAGGUACUCCCAUAUCGACUGUUCCGGCCACGGGGUGUGUAUCGAAGGCACGUGUACCUGCGACGCCAUGUGGACCGGUGAGGCCUGCGACGUGCAGGUAUGCCCGAACAAUUGCACGUACCCGCAUGGCGAGUGUGAUCGCGAGAGUCAUCAUUGCCGCUGUAAAAACGGCCAUAAAGGUGCGGACUGUAGCCAAAAAGGCGAUCGUGGAUUUUGGGAGAGUGUCACGUACAAGGAUCUACCGCCGGAAGGCUCGGCCAGUCACUGUUCCAUCGUUUGGAAGGAUUCGCUGUACGUGGUCGGCGGCGAGAGUUUCCAUCGUGCCAAGAUGAUAUACGUGUACGAUUAUAACGGCAACGUUUGGGAGACACCUCACGUCGAGGGACGUGUGCCGUUACCGCGGUACGCGCACUCGUGCGUGCUGUUUGGCGACAAGAUAUUCAUGUACGGUGGCGUCGUGGAGAAUUCCACCGUGACCAACGAGGUCUGGGCGUUCGACGUGUCCGCCAAGGUCUGGGAGAACGUUACCGUGCACGAUAAUUGCCACAACAAGACGAUAUGUGGCCCACUAAAGGUAGCCGGGCACACUGCGACCCGGGUGAGCCAUCACAAGAAGGAGAAGAUGGUUGUGAUAUUCGGCUAUUCGCCGCAGUAUGGUUACUUAAACACCGUCCAGGAGUACUCUUUGGGUACGCGCGAGUGGCAGAUCGUCAAGACGACCGGCUUCCCGGUGAGGGGCGGCUACGGGCACAGUUCCGCCUACGAUCCUCUCACGAGUCUCAUUUAUGUGUACGGCGGUUACGUGUCGGAGUCGCAGAGCACGCAUAUUUUGAGCAGCCGGCUGUACUCGUAUAAUCCUAUUUUCUACGAAUGGCGAUUGCUCACGUCGGCGCCGUCGGCGCGUUUCUUUCACACGGCCACCUUCGUCACGAGCGGACUGAUGUUGGUGUUCGGCGGUAAUAUGCACAACGACACGCAGCAGUCGCACGGCGCGCGAUGCUACUCGGCCGACACGCUCGGCUACGACGUCACGUGCGACACGUGGCAUCAGUACACCAUGCCCAGGGACAUGAGCGACCUUCCGCGUUACGGUCACAGCGCAACCGUCUUCGAGAAGUCGAUGUAUAUCUACGGCGGCUUCAACGGUGAAAUGCUCUCUGACAUGUUGAGGUAUAGCCCCGGCAACUGCGAGCCGUUAUCGAAUCAGAAUCAGUGCCUGAAUGCGAGGAUAGGCGUGAAGUGCGUGUGGCAUAAGCGGGAGAGUCAAUGCCUGCCGAUCGCGACGAUACCGCAGCACGUGCUCGAUCACAAGGAAUACGACGAGCACGACGGCGCUUACAUGAAAUGUAACCUGGACGACAAGCCGCCCCGUGGCAUGACGUCGCACGCGGAGCUCUGCAAACUCUUCACCGACUGCGUCGCGUGCGUGCAGACCUCGUACAAUUGCGUGUGGUGCGGCAAGAGUUGCCUGCACAUGAGCUGCCGGGACAAUCCAAACUCGCCGAAUUUGGCCGUCACAGAACUGGAUCAUUGCGAUCAGAACACCGGCAUCGAAUGCUUGCAACUGCACACGUGCCAUGCCUGCUCCAGCAAUCCGCGUUGCAUCUGGUCGUGGUCCAACGGACCCGACCGUUGCAAACCUCAGUCGAAAAUUCGGGAGGUGAGCGUGUUAAACGGCACGAUCCAGGCGCAGCGUUUGACCACGAUGGACACGUGCCGCAGUCCAUGCGUGGAGUACACGUCGUGCCGCAAUUGCACGGAAUCCGACUGUAUCUGGUGUCAAAAUGAGGCCAAAUGUGUGGACAAGAACGCGUACCCGGUCAGCUUUCCGUACGGGCAAUGUCGCGAAUGGACGACGAUAGACGCCCGGUGUCGUGCCACAGAGACCGGUAAGGAAUGGUGCAGUUUUUAUCUGUCUUGCGCCUCUUGCCGAUCGGAUCCCGGUUGCGGCUGGUGCGACGACGGAUCGGAAACCGGGAAAGGUUUGUGUAUGCCUGGCGGAGCCCGUGGUCCCAGCAGCAAAAGCACGAGCACGUGUGCACGCGAUCGUUGGUUCUUCACAAAAUGUCCAUUUUGUCAGUGUAACGGUCACAGUAAGUGUCAUACAAAUGGUACAUGCAUAAAGUGCGAAAACAUGACCAAUGGAACCCACUGCAACAUAUGUCAAGACGGCUAUUAUGGUAAUCCACUUAAUGGAGCUACGUGUCAGCCUUGCGCCUGCAACAACCAAGGUACUAAAUGCAUGACCGAGACGGGCAAAUGUUUCUGCACAACCAAAGGCAUUAUCGGCGAUCACUGCGAGCGUUGCGACGUAUCUGGUCUCUAUCACGGAGAUCCGAAUAAAGGAUCCUGUUUUUAUGAUUUGGCUAUUGACUACCAGUUUACGUUUAAUCUGAGCAAGAAAGAGGACAGACACUAUCAGGCGAUCAACUUCAAGAACUCGCCACCGAAGUCCGACAUCGACGCCGAGUUCUCCAUCACGUGUUCCGUGCUCGCCAAGAUGAAUGUGACCAUCAAGAAAGUGAACAGUCAGGAAAAGUCGCUGCUGACCGCCGCAAAUUGCACAACGACCAUGUACAAGCAUCGCUUCAGCAAGGCGGACUACAACUUCGGCAGCGAGGACAACAAUACUCUCACUACGUUCUACGUGUACGUCUACGACUUUCAGCCGCCACUGUGGAUCCAGAUCUCAUUCUCUCAGUACUCCAAACUGAAUCUACAGCAGUUUUUCAUUACAUUCUGCACGUGCUUCCUCGCUCUGCUACUGGUGGCUGCCAUUCUCUGGAAGAUCAAGCAAAAAUACGACAUGUAUCGACGAAGACAAAGGCUCUUCCUGGAGAUGGAACAGAUGGCCAGCAGGGCAUUUAGUCAAGUUCUGGUAGAAAUCGAGAGACGCGACGUUGAGAACUCGGAUCCGGAACGUGGUGAUGCUGAUUUUACUAAUUGUCGUAAAAAGAAGAAGGAUGCUCCUAGUCCGAUCGCGCUGGAGCCUUGUUGUGGCAACAGAGCGGCGGUUCUGUCUCUGCUAGUCAGAUUGCCGACUGGCGGCGAGCCUUAUACGCCAGCCGGACAGAGCGCUGGCCUAGCCGUGGCGUCCGCUUUGGUGACGCUAGGCAGCCCGCGCAGACCAUCUCAGGAAUUAACGACGAAGGAGCCGAAGAAGACGAGGAAGUCCGCCAGCCAGCAUCCGGACUCCACUUGCAUUUAGCGGUAAAUCGACGAGGUAUCGCGACAGAACGCGCGAUUGAUUUAUGAUAAGCCUUAGAAUUGUUUCUGUGAUCUUGCCCGCGCUUGAUGAACGGCAGGACAUUAUCUUCGAACCCUAACGAAGUGAUGAAGUGCGAACGGUGAUCGAAACCGAGAUUCGAAAUAUAUAACGCGAAAAAUUUUACUCGUUGACGCGCGACUGAUCGGUGACGCAUCGAACACAAUUCGGUUAUUUUACUCCGAAGAGUCGGCUGAGCGUGUAACGCUAGAUUUAGAUGUAUGCGUGACUUUCCUUAUCGAGUAGAAGGAAAACGCCUUUGGCCGAUGAGCGAAUGGACUGCUCCGACCGGUUACGUCCGCUAAUCAUGGUAAGUAACGUUUUCUUUUUUUUUUUUUUUUCUUCCUUAAACUUGAGCUGCAUGAGCAUAUUUUCAUGCGCCGAAAGGGACGUCCAUUGAUCACUCGGCUAGCAUUCGGAACAUAAUCGAGUUUUUUUUUUUAUAAGAACUUCGAUUAACGAUGUACAGUGUUGUAUAGAUGGUAAGACGAUCGUUUUUGUCGAAGAAGUUACGAUACGACAUGUUGGGCGCAUGGAUAAACUGGCCUCGUGCAUAUUUGAAAAGCUUUUAUCCGCUGCAACUGUUUAAAAAAAUUAUUCAUUCGCAAUUUUAAAUAUAUUUCAUUAUAUAUCUAUAUAUAUAAC